AUGUUUUCCAAAAUCGUGGUCGUCGUUCUAGCUAUAGUUACAGUAAGUGCCCAGGAUUAUCACUAUAAACAUCAAGGACAUGCACCGGCGGUUUCAUCUCAGUCCAUCGUUAGGCAUGAGAUAUCGCACGACCAUGGUUACCAUGGUAACCAUAACGUCAAGCUGCAACCAGUAGUGCACCACGCUGCUCCCAUCGUCAACUUACACGACGAAGCGAGUUUUUCCUACAUAGAAUCCAAAAUACAAUGUCAAGAAAAUUUUUACAUUGCCACUAAAUCAUUGAAAAUUAAGAACACUAGAGUAAAAACACCAUUUGAUGUAAUAAUAAAAUAUCUUCAGGCGCACCCUAAAUACGCUUUUGAGUACGAAAUCGCCGACCCGCACACGGGCGACAAGAAGAGCCAGCAUGAGACUCGCGACGGCGACGUGGUCAAGGGCUACUACUCGCUGCACGAAGCUGAUGGCUCCACCCGUAUCGUGGAAUACACUGCUGACAAACACAAUGGUUUCAAUGCCAUUGUGAAACACACGGAGCCUUCAAAGCAUGCUGAGCCAGCUCAUCAAACCUAUCAACAAGCCGAGCCCUCCCACCACUACUACCAUCACUAAG